CUCAAACCAUGCAGCUGCAGGGGGCGGGGCUUCAGGCUCAUCGGUUAUUCACGCUCCUCGAUUACUUUUCCUGUGCGCGCGCGAGCUCAGCGAUCAGCUCGUGCUGUCUUCUUGUCAGCGCAAACAUGGCGAGAGCGGUAGCCGAUCAGGAGUUAGAUAAGUGAAAUAAAGCGAUAUAUUCGUGUUUUACUAGUUUGUAGAUCAUUGAAAACAUAUAUCAGGAGACCGGAACGUGAAGUAAAGUGUUUCAGUCCUGUUUUACAGAGUUGAAUCUCGUUUUAAAGGAAUUUUAGGAUUUGUGCGGUAUUUUAAGUGCAGAACAGGACUGGAGUCAUGACUGCAAGCACAGGUGGAGGUGGGAGCUGUUUAUCCAUGAGUCUGUCAGCCCUAAAGAGACUUGACCCCUACAUCAGCAGCAUCACAGACCUGGCCAGCCAAGUAGCACUUUACACCUUCAACAACACCACUAAUGAAUGGGAAAAGACCGAUGUGGAGGGAACUCUGUUUGUCUAUAACAGGCUUGCCUCUCCCAGGCACGGCUUCACUAUCCUGAAUCGUUUGAGCAUGGACAACCUGACCGAACCCAUCACUAAAGACUUAGAUUUCCAGCUGCAGCAUCCAUUUCUGCUGUACAGGAACGCUCGCUUGUUCAUCUACGGCAUCUGGUUCUAUGAUAAGGAAGACUGUCAGCGAAUAGCGGCGCUCAUGAAGAAUUUGGCAGGGCAGGAACAGCAGUUACAGCCGCAAAUGGCAAUUGGCUCUGUCUCUCCGCGAUCUGCAGAGCAGGGUGUGGAUAUAAUGCAGAUGCUCACAAAAGCACGAAAUGACUAUGACAAGGGAAAACUCAGCGAGCCGAAAGAAAUUGGCAGUGGUGGUAUCAUCUAUGGCAACCCCCAUCUGAUCAAACCCAUUCCCCUCAAACCAACACAGGACACGCACAUUCAGGGACAAACGCAGCAGGAUACAGAGAUGGACACAAAGCACCUCUCGGUUGUCACUUUGUUCGGUGCUCAAUCAAAACCGGACUCUGUCUCGCCACAGCCCACCGCAGCUGUCAGCAGGCUGGGUCCAACGCGGUCCGCUGUGGCCCGCUCGCUGUCUUAUGAUGACCCUACUCCAGCAGGUGGCGCUGUGGUGUCCAACACCCCCAUGCAGCACUGCCCAGCCAUCCACAAGCUCAUGUCUGGUUCACUGCUGCAGCCCCUCUCUGAAUCCCCAGAGAGCCGUCUGUGUGAAAACGGGGCAGCCCAGAACCAGCCUGACCCGAUACAAAAACUGCUAAUGAACCCUCUUCCUGUGGCAGGGACUCCAGGGAUGCCUUCCUUACAGUUAAAUCAGGGAGAAAGUGGGGUGGGGCCCCAAAUCCACCCUAUGGCUAAAGCCCCAACUCAGCACUUGCUCUAUGUCCCAAAUAAAGCACCCCCUGCUGGAGUGGCAGGGAAUGUGGUGUCGCCACAUGAGCUUCUGCAGAGGCUCACAUUGGUGCAGCAGGAGCAAGAGCUCCACCCUCAUCAGGAGCUUCUACAGCCCAGUCUGACCACCAGCAGCUCCAGUCUCAGCAAAACUAAUUCGACACAGGUGAGCUCACCACAGCGUAUCCCAGCGACUGUAGCCCCCACCCUGCUUCUGUCACCCAGCGUGUUCAUCCAGACUAAAACCACAAGAGCAGAACCAGAACCAGUUGAAAUCAGAGCACUUAGUAAGACUCAGCUACAGGCCACACUGCUCCACCUCAUCAAGAAUGAUGCCUCAUUCCUGGACACCAUCUAUGAAGCAUAUGUCUCCCGUCUCGCUACAGACUCCAGCUCAAAACCUUUCUGAAGCACGUGUACACGUACAUGCAGCUGUCAUGCUCUGAACCCAUAUUGUCAUCCCAUCUCAGGACUACCCUGCUAUUCUGAAUGUAGCAUCCAAGAAGUUGAGCACCUCAGCACCAGAUUCACAACGGAAAAACCAGUUUGAUUGCAAAUUUUAUGAUCUUCAUACAGUAAAUUGAAUGAUCUGAAUGUCAUAUCAGCUUUGAAUUUGCCACUUGCACACAAGGGGCAAUCUGAAGUAUUUUAGAAUUUUCUGAAAGAAGAAUUUUAUGGAUUUCACGUUUAUCUUUUAGACAACAGGGCAAGAAAUGUGCUGUAUGUUAAAAUCUGAGUGGAUUUUUAUCCUUGCAUAUCGAAACAAACCCACAAAAGAUAGAAAAACAGGACCCUAGCCUCAAAUAUAAUAGAAAUAACAUGAUAAAUGACAAGAUAAGGCAAACAUGUCUUGUCUUGAUUUCUAGCAUCUUCAUAUCUCAGCUGACACAGGCAGAAACUGCCCUCAUCCCUUUACAAGCCAGCAGAAAUUGUUUAUUAAUUUUAGUCACACUUUAAAAUGAAAAUUGAUUUUGUUUAAAUAUACAAACAAAAGUGUACAUAUAUAUAUUCUAUUUUUCUAUGCUUCUGUUCUUAUAUCAACAUGCUGGAAUAUUUUUAGGUUCAGUUUUUUUUUUUUUUUUUUUUAAGAAACAAAAAAGACAAUGUCAUCAGUAUUUUGUAAUUAGCUUGUCAAACUGAAAACAAGCUGACAAUUUUAUUUUCUUCCAUUUGUUUUUCUUAUUAAAAUAAUACCCCAACACCC